CCCGACCCGACCCGGUACCCCCACAGCACCGGAACCGGUGCGGCAAGGGCGGGGAGGGCGUUCGGGCGGCGCUUGGGACCCGGUGGACCCGGUGGGGCGGGGUGGAAAAUCCAUGCCACGGUAGCGACCUAUGGACGAGAGCGAUGGAAGUAACUCGUCCUCGUCACAGGACAACAUGGCUUUAGAUCAAAAGGAGAUCCCCCAGGCCGUGGAGAUCCUCCUAGUCCUUCGGCUUCUCUCGGGACGCGAGGUGGCCAUUACCAUCAACCAGGAGGCGACCAUGGCGGAUUUACGGCGAAGCGUGGAGAAAGCCUUGGGGAUGCCUCCGCAACUGACGCGCCUCUUUCGGGAAGAGGUGGAGUUAGCCGCCCGCUUCGAUGCCAAGAUUCUGCAGUGCGGCCUGAGUCAAGGCUCUGUCCUCACUGCUGUCACCAUGGCCUCUGAAGAGUUUUUGCCAGUAAAGUUGGAACAUCGAGAGCAGCCGAUGCCCAAACGUCUUCAACUGGAACGACUCGCAGGACACGAUGCAAUGUGGACCUGCUAUGACUUCCGUGACAUGUGCACCGGAGACAUGGUCACGGUCAGGUUCAUUGACUACUUCGAUGAUGAUGAAAUGGCUGGACGCCUUGCCAAAGAGAUUUAUUUGUUGCAAGAAUUGAACCACGAGAACCUCUUGAAGCUGGUUGACUUUCUUCCCCCAGCCACCCCAGACUUCAAGGACUUUUGUUUCAUCGUGGAGCAUUUGGAGACAGAUCUCGGUCAAGUCUUGCGGAGCAAACAGGAGUUAUCAGAGGAGCAUUGCCAAUACCUUAGCUAUCAAAUGCUCAGGGGGUUGAGCUACCUCCACUCCGCCAACGUGGUGCAUCAGAGACUCCGACCACGCAGCGUGCUGGUGAAUCGGAAUUGCCACGUGAAGUUGUCCGAACUCUGGGAUGCUCAAGCCAUUGGAGGAGAAGCCAGCGACAGCGAUACAGCACGCUGGUAUCGUGCGCCCGAGCUGAUCCUCAACAAUGACUGGGAAGUGAUGCCGCUGACGGGCGCCUGUGAUGCAUGGGCGUUUGGCUGCAUCUUAUUCGAAAUGUAUCAGCGGAAACCCUUAUUCACCUCCCCAGAUUAUGUGCGUCAUAUCUCCAGCAUCGUGAAACUUUUAGGAAAUCCCGGUGAAGCAGACAUGGAUUGGGUGCUGAUGGACCGUGCGCGAAAUUUUAUUGGUCAAUUGCCCAAGGGCCCAAGAGAGGAUUGGGCUCAGAAAUGCGGCAAUGCAGGGGAACUCUUAACUUCCCUGGUGGUGUUCGAUCCUCGAAAACGUUGCAGCUGCCCAGAGGCAUUGCAGCAUAGGUACUUCCAGGAUUGGAGUGAUCCCGAGGACUCACAACUGGACCGCUGCCAGGCGC